GAGGUUGUUUACCCAACAAAGGUCAUAUUAUAUUUUCUACCUGUAACUUGUAAGUUAGUAUGCAAACUGUAUUUGUAACUGCAGGUUAUGGGGCAGUUGGAUUAAUAUACCAACUAAAGAAGAAUGUCACAACGUAAAGAAAGACUAAAGAAGAAUGUCACAACGUAAAGAAAGGUACGGUCGGCUAACUGUUCUCUUGUCAGGGUGUGUAACUAAAUGGAGCAGACGCUUGGUGUUGAAAUGCGUGAAAGAUUCGUCACCCGGAGACCACGAACCACAUCCGUGGGAAGUUAAGCAUUUCUUGAAGCACAACAGAGGAAAAAUCUUGCGCUCAGAUUAUGGACGCAAAAUGGAUAAGAUGUUUAAUCGCAGCGGAAAUGGAGAUAUCAACAUUGAGGACUGGGAUCUCCCGCUCUGCUGUUUCGUCUUACAAGAAAUCUGUCAACUUCCGUCAAAUAUAGCUGAAGACAUCAAAUAUGUAAGAAAAGUCCGCAACCAGUUGUGUCAUGCUCCAAGUCCAGAACUGCCUGACCACAGAUACGAGAAAUAUAUGGGCAAACUUAGCCAAAUACUUCAGACAGGACUGGCUUUUAUUAAUGACAUUGAUUUGAAAGAAGAAACAAUGAAAGAGUUUGACUUCUGCAAGACAGGACUGUUUAGUUUAGACAUGGACAAGUGUACAGAUAUGAAUAAACAAUGGCGGCAACAGGAAGCGGAAUUAGGCGAAAUCAAGAAAAAUCUUGAUCAAGACGAUAAAGAAGAAUUAAUUGCUGUUAAAAGACGACACGGUGUAUCAAAUCAGACAGUCCCAGACGCUGCUGUUGACCUCGUUCUGAUGGGAUGCACGGACGACAACCGAAAUAGUAUAUCUGAGCUCCUUGUCAGACUAUUUGACGAAAAAUUAUCAAAGAACACAGAUAUUUUCAAUGAGCUGUCACAGGAGCAUCUGAAAAGCAUUCGAGAAGCCGUUUCUGCCGCAGUUACCUCCCUUAUGUCUGAUGGAAAAGAAAUAAUUUCCGCAAAGAAGAAAUGCGUUAGCCUUACAAUAAGGUGUGACUCAUUUGUCGCCCUUGCAUCUUUAUUGGAAGAAUGUGUCACGGGGGAAAUGACGCAGAAAUUUGACGCAGUGGCCGUGGCAUUACGGAAAGCUUACGGUCAUUGUGAGCUAUGUGUUGUUAUCUUUGAGCAUGAAUUCUGGAAAUGCAUUAUGGAGACAGAUACUUCAUUUGAGACAGAUAGCGACACUAGUGAAUCAAGAGGUAUUUGUCAUGGUUAUGAAAAACACACAGAAAUAAAAUCAAGCACAACUAGUGAACACGAAAAGGGAAGUUGGUCUCCUUCCGUUGAUGAAUCGACAGCAGAAAGUCAAGUGGGUCUAAACUUGGUGGAUACGUAUGUUGAAAAUAAAGGUUCCAACGAAGAAAUCAAGAAUCAGGUUGAACAACAAGAAUUUGAGAUUACUGAGAAAUGCAAAUUGCAUACAACCAAAGUAGUAGAAUGUUUUUGUAGUCGCCACGACGUGCUUUGUUGCACAAUUUGUGUUGUAUCUGAGCAUUCAAAGUGUGGGGAAAAUGUUAUAUACAUUCCUAACGAAGUUCGUGCCACCGACGUGGCUGAUAGUCCAGAGCUAAAAAUGGUAACAAAUAAACUCAAAGCUCUUACUGAAAGAACAACUUACAGUCAAAGUCGUGUAAAAUUGAAUAGAGAAGCCAUCGAUGCUUAUCAAGGUGAUACAAAAUCGUAUAUAAACCAGUUACAAAAAGAAAUGAAUGAACGCUUUGAACAGAUGAAGUGUGAAAUUGACGAGAAGUUGAACGACUUCAGGAGAGAGGACACUGAAAGUAUGGAGGCUCUGGACUCAUAUUGUUCCUCUGUCUUAAAGAUAUUAGCAGGAGAAACAAAUGAAAUCGCCGAAGUAGAGAAAAGCAGGAAUAUGUGCCAACUGUAUAUAACUAUGAAGAAACAAAAGAUGAACGCGUUCAAGCUUGAGCAACAGGUGAAAGAAAUCGAAAACAGAAAUGAAAUAAACCGAUAUAAUUUUCAGCCAGAUUCUAAACUUGUUGAUUUAUUACAAGGAAAACUGGAAGGUAUAGGUCGCAUUAUAAAACAGGAAGCCAAGACAUACAAAGUAAGGCAUGUAACCAAUAUUGACGUAACUGCUCAAGAAGACAAUGACUCUAGCAAAUGUUGUGUUUCGGGAAUAACAGUUCUGUCUGAUGAGCAUCUUGUAGCUAGUGAUUCCGAAAAUAAAUUAAUGAAACUAGUAUGCAUCACGGAAAACAAAGUCAAAGCGUCCGUUUUGCUAAUGUCCUCUCCAGCAGAUUUAACUACAAUUAAUGAAAAAGAAAUCGUCGUUGCAAUUCCAGAUGCGAACACUUUGCAGUUUGUGACAUUAUCAGAUGAAAUAAAGUUGAAGGCCGAUCGAAGAAUUUCAGUAGAUCAAGCAUGUCACGGUGUAGCUUAUCAUGAUAGCAAGUUGAUCGUUUCCUUUAUCCCAAAAACAUAUAUGCGACCGAGCACAGUGCAAAUUCUAGAUAUGUCUGGAAAAAGACUGAAGUUCAUAUAUCAAACGUGGACUGGAAGUCCAGGUUACCUUACUAUCAAUAGCUCAACAAAUACCCUGUACAUGUCGGACUGGUAUAAUGCAACCGUGACUAGCUUGUCUCUGGACGGCACCAUAAAGGCAGUGUUUUCGAACAAGGACAUGGGAAAGCCAAAUGGUAUUAUUCAUGACUCAGAAGGGUAUGUGUAUGUAUGUGGCCGUAAAACUAACAACAUCAUGCAGUUGUCUGCUGACUGUAAACACGUUCAGAUACUAGACGGACUUGACGCAAAUGUGCUUGAACCUGUUAGCUUAGCCUUCAGCAAGGCUGAGCAAAGGAUGUAUGUAGGAAUGAAUAGUAGUAAGGUCAUCAAGGCAUUCUAUCUCAUAUGAAAGACAAAUACAUGUAUGUCCAAAUCAUGACUUAGCUUGACUUGACUUGACUAUUAUUAUCAUCAUGCUCAUUUUGUUUUCUUACAAAAAUAAAUUCGAAACAAUUGGCAUAAAAUUAUCAUCAGUGUAUAUUGUCCAAGUUUCAGUGCUGAACUUUUAGAAAUUAUUUUAAAGGUCUAGUUCAUCAAAAAUAACAGAAAAACGGACUAAGUAAUUUUGUUUAAUGUUUUACAAAACAUUUGUAUAAUGUGUCUGAAGAAAAGAAAGAAGACUACAGUGCAUAAUUCGUGAAUAUUCAUUUUAGGGACAAAAUUCUGUCGAUUCAUUUUUUUUUAAAAAUUGCCGAUACUUUGUAUUCUUUUCAAACGUUGUUGAACCUUCUCCAUAAAUUUUGACAUAACAUAAAGUGUUAAUAAUGUACAUAAUGUAAAUGUUUCCACCCGAGUAACUUUGAUUCAAAUGUUUAUGUGAUCACAUAAUAUAUUUAUAUGUUA